AUGGAUUUGUACGACGAAAUGUACGAAAUUAAAAACAGUCGAGAGAUUGACGACAGUCCACCACCGCCCGAUCUGGACGUUUCGGGUUCGUUGAAGUUCCUGCACGACAAGCAGCCGAGUGAGGAGAAAUCAGUUAAGGAUGAAAGCAAAUACGUCGAUAAAAUUGAUGAGGAAGUGCAGAAACCUGCUAAACCAAAAGACAUCUUCGUCAAGCGGGAAAGUCUGCAGAAGCACGACUCGCUGACGGACAGCAGCGGCAGUCUUUCGGAGGACGAAAAAGAGCUGCCGAAAAAUCUGGUCGAGGAGAAAGAAUUCAAUCCGAAGUUUUAUGAAAAUAUUGAAGCUCCAAAUGAGUUGAAAGAUAUCUUUCAGUAUAUUACUCGGUUUUCACCGCAGCGAGUCAGUAUCGACUAUAAGUUGAAGAUUUUCGUUCCGGAUUUUAUUCCUUCGGUUGGUGAUAUUGAUGCUUUUUUGAAGAUUUGUUCGCCACCCUUUUUGAACGAAGGUAGAAAGAAUACUUUGACUGAACAUAUUGGGAAGCUUGGUUUGGAAACUUUAGAUGAACCCUGUGGCGAGCAAAGCGAUCGGGUGCUUCUGCAGAUGAAAAUGCGUUCGAUUUUCACGAAACCACUGGAGACUCCGUCGGCCAUUGCCAAGAGUCCGAAGGAUAUCGACCGUUGGAUUACGGAAAUUCAAUCCCUCAAGGCGAACCAAUCGGCCAACCAGAAUCUGAACGUACUAAGCCGGUCGGGUGCGGUUAACAUCGACAAUCUGAUGUCCGAAUGGCCGGAAGAGGUGGAGAAAAUGCUCGAUGCGGUUGGGUUUCCCUCGGCGGAUCUGGACUGCUCGUUAACCAGGUACAUUGAAAUCAUUUGUAACAUUUUCGAUAUUCCCGUGCAGCAAAGCAACGGCCAAGCCGGCUAUAUUCAGGCACUCUAUCACUUGUUUAAUCUCUACUUAGCCGUUAAGCAGCAGGGUAAUGUUUAA